CUUCCUACGUCAUCAAGCUGCGUCGUUAACGAAAACGUGCGACACGCCGUCCCCUGGAGUUCCGCGAUAAACUAAACAACAUAUACAUUUAGAUUAAAUAUAAAAUAAGUGAAACGAUAUGGAUGACGAGGAGGAAACAUACCGACUGUGGAAGAUUCGUAAAACCAUCAUGCAAGUGCGUUAGCUGUGCCAUGACAGAGGCUACCUGGUGACGCAGGACGAGUUGGAUCAGACGCUGGAUGAGUUCAAGAGUCAGUUCGGGGACAAACCCAGCGAGGGUCGCCCCAGACGCACAGACCUCACUGUGCUGGUGGCACACAAUGACGACCCCACCGACCAGAUGUUUGUUUUCUUUCCUGAGGAGCCCAAAGUGGGAAUCAAGACGAUAAAGAUGUACUGUCAGAGGAUGCAGGAAGAGAACAUCACACGAGCCAUCAUUGUUGUGCAGAUGGGCAUGACACCCUCAGCCAAACAGUCUCUAGUCGACAUGGCGCCCAAAUACAUAUUGGAGCAGUUUCUACAACAGGAGCUGCUUAUCAACAUCACAGAGCAUGAGCUUGUUCCAGAGCACAUUGUUAUGACAAAAGAGGAAGUGACUGAACUACUGGCGAGAUACAAAUUAAAAGAGAGUCAGUUGCCAAGGAUCCAGGCUGGAGACCCUGUUGCUCGCUACUUUGGCUUAAAAAGAGGACAGGUAGUAAAGAUCAUUCGACCGAGUGAAACAGCUGGGAGGUACAUCACAUACAGACUGGUCCAGUGACACACAGGUGUUCUUCUGGAUCAACAUUUAGGACCAGUGAAGGAAAUUGAAGAGGUUAUACAAAUUGUCCUUCUGCUUUUUGACCUGUUUUGUAAACUGAAAUAUUUCAAGUGAUAAGAUUUUGUAAAAUAAAGGAUUAAAUAUGGAAA